AUGGAAGUAACACCUUCUUGGAGACAAGAUUUGUCGAAAUCUCAAGAUGAUGAGUACGUAAUAUCACUUGUUAGAACUCAGAGUGAACUUGAUUAUUCCUUGACUAGAAGGUUGAGAAAAGGUGGUCACGGCUCUGCUUAUUUCGCCUUGAAAAAGAGAAGAGCUAAGGGAAGCAAACUUACAGUCUCUUCUUGGUUGAUCUUCGAGGUUCACUUCGUCAACCAAUAUAGACUCUGA